AUGCAUUUCUCAAUAUAUACGAUACCCUACUCAUAUCUAUCUAUCUAUCUAUCUAUCUAUCUAUCUAUCUAUCUAUCUCAGUCCCUCAUCUAUAUAUCUAUCUCAUCUCUUCUUUAUCUAUCCAUCUAUCUAAUUCUGUUCAUUAUCUAUCUAUAUAUCUAUAUAUGUAUAUAUGUAUUUUCCGCUGUUGAUAAUCUAUCUAUCUAUCUAUCUAUCUAUCUAUCUAUCUAUCUAUCUAUCUAUCUAUCUAUCUAUCUAUCUAUCGCAGUAUCUUCCCAUCUAUAUAUUUGUCUCAGUCUCUAUCUAAUUCUGUUCAUUAUCUAUCUAUCUAUCUAUCUAUCUAUCUAUCUAUCUAUCUAUCUAUCUAUCUAUCUAUCUAUCUAUCUCUAUAUAUAUAUAAUUCUGACAUCUAUCUAUCUAUCUAUCUAUCUAUCUAUCUAUCUAUCUAUCUAUCUCAGUCCCUCCUCAUCUUUAUAUCUAUCUCAUCUUUACUUUAUCUAUCUAUCUAUCUAUCUAUCUAUCUAUCUAUCUAUCUAUCUAUCUAUCUAUCUAAUUCUGUUCAUUACCUAUCUAAAUAUCUAUAUAUGUAUAUACGUAUUUUCCGCUGUUAAUAAUCUAUCUAUCUAUCUAUCUAUCUAUCUAUCUAUCUAUCUAUCUAUCUAUCUAAAAUUGGAUAUAGAAUCCUGA